UCGGAAAAAGGAGAAGAAAGAAGGGGAGCCAGAGGAAGAGCAAGCGGAAACCCCCCGGAUACAUGGCAACGAAGAAGAAAUGAUUUACCUUAACACAAUAAAGCCAUCUAAAGAGAAUGAGGAGGAGCAACUCAACAUGUGCCACAAACCCAAUGUUCCAGGAAGCCAAGCUGCUGAUAAUGAGUUAAGCACCAGCAAGGCCCAUGAGACUAUGGAGAUGCCAGAAGAUUAUGAGAAUGUAUCAACAGAAAAGACCACUGGAUAUUUUGGGAUAAGCGACUGGCAGUUCCCUUUUGGCUCUGAUCAACUCUACUCCAACAUCUGAUCCAACAUGGGCAAAAGAUCUUGACAGCUCCUGUGUAACAAGUGCUUAUAUAACACUUGCUAGGUGCAUGGGCGACCUCUGACCCUUUCACAAAUACCUCUGAACUACAACUCCCAGCAGUCUAACCAACAUGGCCAUAGGUUAGAAUUGCGGGGAGGUGCAAUCCAACAUCAUCUAGGUGGUCUUGGACUCUCCUGGGAAACCCCCACUCACACCUGUAGGUUCACCCAACCAGCAUCUCCUCCCCAGACAGUGAUUGGGUAGAAGAGCAUUGGGAGGUAUAACUGCAAUUAGAAUAUUGAAAUGAAGAAAUUUGUGGGAAUCCUUUUAUCAAGGAAUAUCUCUCCAGAGUCCCUGGGAAGUAUUAUUAUUAUUAUUAUUGUAAACUCUCCCCGCUACUAGGAACCUUCCUGCUAGAAGUAAUCCUCACUUAAUGACUCUUUCAGUGAUCGUGUCAAGUUACAAGAGCACCGAAUAAGUGGGACUAGUGACUGGUCCUUUAAGUUCUGGUCUUCUCAAUGUGCUCACAAUUACACACAAAUCAAUGGGGAAGCCAGCAGGAAAUCAAUGGCGAUCACAUGGCAUUGCACGUAAUAACCAUAUGGAAGUCACUUAACCAUAGCAAUGGGUGCCAAUUACUAUUGUUGUUACUAUAGCCAUCAUUACAUGUCCCAAGUACAGCCGUUAAGUGAGGACUAACCAGUAUUUGAAAGGAAAGGCAUGUUGCCUGAUUAGAGCUAAAUUCCCAAGGCUUUAAUGGAAAUAUUGAUAAUAUUAGCUCCCUUCCUGCCAUAUUCCUGGGGGAAAUAUUAUUGAUCACCCAAAGUACCUACCAGGUCUACUUGUUGAAACUUAGGGAAUUGUAACUCUUUUACCACCAUUACAACUAUCCCCUUUUUUUUUCUUCUGAAACUCAAAAUGUUCCUUCUGUUCUGAGCCAAAUGAAUUAAUAGAUUUGGCUCUCAGGCUUUCAAAUUAUAAAUUUUUGUACUUAG